CCUGGGUGUGUCUGUCGUUCAUCUUUUACUUCAUCUUCCUCAUACAACAUGGGAUUAAGCUUCUCCAAACUUUUUUCUGAUCUCUUUGGCAAGAGAGAGAUGCGUAUUCUUAUGGUCGGUCUUGAUGCCGCCGGUAAGACUACCAUCUUGUACAAAUUGAAACUGGGUGAAAUUGUCACCACCAUUCCUACCAUUGGUUUCAAUGUCGAGACCGUUGAAUACAAGAACAUUUCCUUCACUGUCUGGGAUGUCGGAGGUCAGGAUAAGAUUAGACCUUUGUGGAGACAUUACUUCCAAAACACUCAGGGUAUCAUCUUUGUGGUGGAUUCCAAUGAUCGUGACCGUGUUGCCGAGGCUCGUGACGAACUUCAACGUAUGCUUAGCGAAGACGAACUUCGUGAUGCUCUUUUGCUUGUGUUUGCCAACAAACAGGAUCUUCCUAACGCUAUGAACGCUGCUGAGAUUACGGAUAAGCUGGGUCUUCAUUCGUUGCGCAACAGACACUGGUAUAUCCAAACCACCUGCGCAACAAGCGGCGAUGGUUUGUACGAAGGAUUGGAAUGGUUAUCCAGCAACUUGAAGAGAAGAUCUUAAACGUGAAUACGACAGAGUGUUCACUAUCCUUUAUAUUUUGUUGUUGUUGUCGUUGUAAUGGUUUGCUUAAUCGUGCAUUAGUAAAGGCUUGCACAUCCCUUAUACAAUUUCCUUUUCUCUCUCUCUCUCUUUUUUUUGUACGUGCCGGGCGAUAAAUUAUGGCAAAUUUGAUCAUUCUGAGAUCUGAUCAUACUCAAUCCAUAAGAGAAGGAUGUUUCCUUCAUUCACAACGGGCGACGGUAUUCAGCAGACGUGCACAUGAAUCAUGGAUACUACGAACAUGAGGUUAUGUAGAAAAAUGUUCUAUUC